AUGCAGAAGGUGGACGCGACGCUUGCGAGGUUUGACCGCAAAUCUCCGCGGGCGGCCUACGUGCAGGUGUGCGAGGAGAUGGGCAUUCGCCCGCAGAAGAGCCUUGGCGCCCUCCUCAGCGACGCCCCCCGUGACUGGGACAAACAUCGCGUGUUCGACUGCGACAAGUUUAUUCUUGGGCCGAAGGGGUGUAUGGCGCUUAUUCCGCUGUUGGUCUGCAGCCGCUCGCUGCGCCGCGUAAGUCUGCGUGGCUGCCAAGUCACGGACGAGUUUGUCGCCGAGCUGACGGAGACGCUGCAGGACCAUCAGUGCAUCCGCAGCGUGGACGUGGGCGAAAACCCGCUUGUGACGGUGUACAGCGCGGACCCCAUCAUCAAGCUGCUGCGCGUGAACAAGAACGUUGUGCGGUUUGACCUGGACGGAACCCACAUUGGCACCAACGUCUCCAACCUCAUCAGCGACCUCUGCGACAGGAACCACGAGGAGGUUGCGAACUACUAUGCCGAUGACUACUUUCGCAUGAAGAACAUCUUCAACUACCUCGACGGGGACGGCUCCGGGUGGGUCUCGCUGCGCAGCCUUGUGCUCAACGCGCCCUUCCCGGUGCUGCAGGAGCAGCUCAUCGAGCGCAUCUCCCUGCGACGGCCGCGAAAGCGCUCUGACGGCACCAUCUCCGUCAACACCUUCCUUGAGCUCGUAUACCACAACUACAAGACGGAGGUGGAGAUCGCCAGGCGGGCGAAGGAGGAGGACACCGACUACCAGUGCAUCGUCGCCAACUGGAAGCGCCUGCUGGAUGCGAUGGAGGGCGACGGUAUGGAGGCGCUCAUGGAGACGCGGGAGCGGCAGAAGGGCGAGGACGCCGACGAGGAAUCGAUGACCGAAGUUCCGGCGCCGGGGAAGUUGCCCGUGCUUCCCCCGGAGGAUCUCCACCGCCUGCGCAUUCGGGGCCGCGUGCUUGGCCCCGCGGAGGCUCGCGAGAUUGUCGAGGUGGCCAUGAAGCUCCAGGCCGACGCCGAUGCGCAACGCCUGCACGGCGCCGCGGAGGAGGCGGCGGCGGCGGCGGCGGGUGACGACGACAACAGCGACGGCGCAGCGGCGGCGCAAGGGGAGCGGGUGGUGCAGCUCACCGUGCCGUGCCUGCGCCGGGCCUACCGCGGCGUCUCCCAGCCGGAGCAACGACCCAACCGCUUCCGCUUCCUGCAGGAACACGAGGAGGACUACAUCCCGCCCAUGAUGCGCGCCGGCUCGCGGCUCAUCAGCAUCUCAAAGCUGUCGUUCCUCAACAGCAUCGACUCCUCCCCCGGCGGCGGCAGCGUGACUUCGCGUGAUGACGAUUUCGGGAUGGACGCGGACGAAACCCGCACCCGUUGGUGGGACUUACCGCCCGCCAUGGUGCGCCUCGUGACGAAGUUCUUCAACAAGCAGGUCGCGAAGCUGCCAAAGAAGCGGCAGUCCUCGCUCGCCGUCUCGCCGCGCACCCAGCGCGACAACGCGAUGCAGCGGUCCUCCAUUCCUGUGACGGCCUUCCUCGCCGCGAAGUUGGUGACAGACCUGGAGUCCAUUCGCCCCCGCAUGCUCGCGGACAAAUUCAUGCAGUACGGCAUCCCCAUCGACGUCUCCACGAUAACCUUGCAGGAGAUUGUCAACUGCCUGAACGAGUACUACGUGGAGCUGAGCGUGGAGAAGCCGAUCACGCUGCAGGAGAUACGCCACAUGUCCACGCCCAAGCUGUCGGUGUCCCACACCUCGGCCACUACGACAAAAACUGAAUUGAGUGUCACCGGCGAGAGUUAG